AUGGCACAGGAGACCCUGAGGCUGGUGUGCCUGCCGGUGUCGGCGCACGACGGGAGGCUGCCGCGGCAGUACACGCUGGAGGGGCAAGGCGCCAAGAAGGACAUCUCGCCACCGCUGGAGUGGUACGGGGUGCUCGGCGGCACGCGGUCGUUGGCGCUGGUGGUGCAGGACAUCGACGCGGACGAGCGGGUUCCGUGGAUGCACUGGGUGGUGGCCAACAAAUCACCUGAGGAGAAGGGGCUGUCCGAGGGGUUCUCGGGCGCCGGCGGAAACGCCAACACCGGCGGCGAAGGCGGCCUCCAGGAGGGGGUCAACGACUUGAAGCAGCCCGGCUGGCGUGGCCCCGUCCCGGACUGCCACGGCCACCACAUCCAGUUCCGGCUCUACGCGCUCGGCGACGUGCUCAGCCUCGGCAACAAGGUUGUAUACCGUGUCUUUUUUAUACUGUUGCUUCCAAGAACAGAGUUAGAUGUUCCUACGAUCGGAGCCGCCGGCGUUGGUGGCCGUGUUGCCGCUGGAUGGUGCAGGUUGAUGCUCAAGUGCACGACCAUGGAGCAGAACCAGCAUAUGUGGUGGUGCAGGUUGAUGCUCAAGUGCACGACCAUGGAGCAGAUCCGCUGGGUGGUGGUCACUUCGAAUUUCUCCAGAACCGCCGCCACCUCCCUCGCCGUGCUCGUCGGCAGCGGCGUCGCCCUCUUCUUUCGCCGCUCCUCCAUCGCGCUAGCCUACAAUGAGUCAGCAGACCCCAUCGACAGGGAAGUGCAGAUUGCUGACAAGAUUCUGAACAAAAAAGAGCUGGAAUUCAACAAGUGGGAAGGUACCCUGUCCGAUCUGCUGUAG